AUGGCGGGGUUUUACCGGAUACUUCUGCUGUUCUCAGGUAGGAUGACUGUUUACUUUGUGGGUGAGGUAAAGUUGAUGAAUGGAAAUGGGAAAGAGAAGCUUGGAAGACACAGAGGAAGUGAGUCUGAGUUACUGUUGUGUUUGGAGAAAGUGCUUGUGUUUAGUUAUGCACAGUGGAGUGUUAUUCAGGGUUAUUAAGGGAUCAAGUGCAAACAAAAUUAACUCAUUUACAUAUUGUUUUAAUUCUGAAUACAGCUCAGUUUUUUCUCUCUAAAAAGAGUGGGCAAAGCAAAGUUUGUUCUUCUAUAAUGCACUUUAAUACAAGAAUGAAUCAAAGCAGAAGUUAAUUUUGCUUUUAAGUCUGUAAGAGAGCAAACCUUGAGGAUGUAAUUCCCAGGACUUAAACCAGACCCUCUAUGUACUCUUUCAGAAGACUAUAUUUGAUAGUUUUUCCUCUCCUCCUUCGUUGUUUAGGUCUCUGUGCUGUGGCAGUGGCCUCUGUGGCGACCCGUCAGUCCCCACGGACAAAAAGGGGUUUACUGGAGCUGGCAGGAGCUAUCAAAUGCAGCACGGGGAAGUCUGCCCUGGCUUACAUGAUGUAUGGAUGCUACUGUGGGCUAGGAGGUCAAGGCUGGCCCAAAGACAGAGCAGACUGGUGAGGCAUGCACAAAAUACAUCUGCACAAAAAUACAACAAUGUGAAGGUUUUUUGUUUUUUUAUCUAACACGUACACCAGAUGAUAGUCUGCACCAAAACGUUAACUCUGACUUGACACUCUAUAUGCACUCCACCUAUAUAUUAUGUCAUGGAAAGUUGUAAUUCUCUAUGCAAUGGUGGUGAUUAGCCCCCGGCUUUAUGCCCUCUGCGCACCCGUGAUUCCUGCCUCCUAGGUGCCUCUGGUUCCUCUCAGUCACACCCCCCAAUCCCACUCCAGCACACACUGUUUCCGUUCAGCCUGAACCACAAAUGCUGUGUGAUGGGAUGGAAGGAGGGAAUCAUUUCCAAAUCCAGCACAUUCACAGCUUCUAACAGCUACUCUAAGACAGGCCCAAAAAUUCCACACCCAAGUCUUAAUUGGUGUCUGCUGCUUUUCCGUCCUCACCACAAGACCCCACCAAACCAUUCAAACCGGGUUAACUGCUAAGUAUCGGUUGUGAGAGUCAUGUGGUGAUCUGGCCUUGUCUUUAAAAUAGCUUUAGUGGGAUACAAACCUCACUACUGGAACUAUUCAUCCUCAGACUCUGAUUCAGCUCAUGUUAACAAAGUUCAGCCUUUAAAUUAAAGUUGAUGUCAAUCUGUCUGUAGGUGUUGCUUUAAACAUGAUUGCUGUUAUGGAGAAGCAGAACGUCUGGGAUGCCAGACCAAAACACACCAGUAUCACUGGACGUGUGAGGACAAGACAGCUGAGUGUGGUAAGGCCUUUAGGUUUUUGAUGUUUUGAAAGGAUGCAAGAACCUCUCUAUCGCCACUGUUAUUGAUAGUAGUGGCAAAAAACUGACACUGUCUGUUCUCUGAUGAUCAGAGGAAAAUCUAGGGGUGUCCCAAUCCAAUAUUGAUAUCGGAUAUCGGUCCAGUAUCAGAUUAUAUCGGCCUGCAUCUAAAAUCUCCAACAUCAGCACUCCAAUACAAGCAGUCCACUCCAUUCCAGUCUCUGCUCCGGCACCUUAACCUAGGAGGAACCGGAUCCAGCAUACAGAGCCCAUUAUCACAACAACAGUGUGUACUAAGGUACUAACAAAGUGGCAAAGAAUAGGGGUGAUGUCGGCCAUGUGGCAGUAUUUUUAGUUAAAGAAAGAUGUUGCAGCUGAGUGCAAAACUUGUCAUGCACAAGUUUUUGCCAAUAUCAGAUCAAUAUCAGUAUCGGCCAGUACUGAAGGCUACAAUAUUGGUAUUGCAUCAGAAGUAAAAAAGUUGUAUCGGGACACCCCUAUUUUUAUUUAUGGUUUUUAAGAAUUUUAUAGGGAUCAGAAAAUUAGACCAGCAACUGCAGGCAUGCCUAGACUGUGAGACAGGAUCCUCAAUGUUGUCUGGCCUAAAGGAUGCUCACUGAAACCAACAUCUUUGCCACAAAUUUUACACUAAGUGAUUUUGCCUCAGUGCAAAACUUUUGCAAGCAUGAUAAUCACAGAAAUAUCACAGUUUUCUUGUAACGCUCUUUGAAGGGUGUCAUUAAUAGCGUAAAAUGUUGUGUUUUGCAGAUGACUUGGAGGAGAAAUGUGAAAAGCUGCUGUGCAAGUGUGACAGAGAUGCCGCCAAAUGUUUGAGAAAAGCACCGUUCAUCUCCAAGUAUUCUGUAUGGCCAGAUUUUCUCUGUGGUUAUGAACAGCCGAUGUGUAAUAUUUUCUCAUAA